UUGUCAUCGGUUUAAUGUAGCCUAUAUUUUUUAUUUUUAUUUAAGCAGCUGCAGGGAUAAUUUUGUAUGGCAAGUUAAUCUCUGAUUCAACGUGAACAGAAGGUGGCGCUAAUUUGCAUACUACACUGAUUCCUUACCGCUCUUUGGAAAAACACAGACGAAGAAAAGUUUGAACAACGCAGCAAGGCGGGAUGCAACAGACUGUAGGCUUGUUGUAAGUUUUGAAUGUUAACAUUCAUUCACUUUUAGUUUAUACAUGUUUUUAUGUGUUUGUCUCAGAGAGAGUAGACCUUCUCCAAGCCCCCGCCCUUCACUGGCUUAUCACGGGAGUCUUGUUGGGAUUGGCAACUUGUCAGAUAUAGGUUAGCUGCUAUAGAGCUAGCCACUUAGCGCGACCACUAACGCUACACACUCCAGCCAUAGACAGUAUAGACUCCAGCAGCACAACUAGCGACCUACCACUCCCAGACUCACUGAAGAAUUGUACAACGGAUGAACGAGUCAACUGCCCGUUCCCGCCCACUUGUGUUGCGUCGGUUUUAAAACAAAUGACCCUGCUGGAGGCAAGCUGCUUUUUAUGACAAAGAUGAAUAAAGUAAAAACCCUUAACAGUAAAGCUUUGGUUUGUAGAAAUGGCAUUAUUGUUGAUUAACAAUGCAGUAAGGUUCAAGUGUGGCUGCUUUUCUUUACAGUAAUGUUAAUUUUGUUUAAUGGCUUUAGUAACUUGACACUUUGGGGCUCAAAUGAAAAGAUCAUUAACAGGGAACAUUUAUAAAUGGAAGUAUUUAUGAUUUGACACUCUUUGAAUGCUUUUAAUUGUUCAGUUUCAUAUCAGUUUAUGCCUUUGCAUCUUGCUGUUCCAGUUUCAAGAAGUUAAGGAAGAUAACUGGAAAUGUGAUAACGAUACCAGAUGAUGGAGACCAUAUUUCCCCUACGCCGACAGACCAUAGUGAUGUCCUGCCCACCAGUGAACGACAUCAUGGACCUCUGGCCUGCUCUCAAAAUAGAGUCUGAGUUGUAUGCAGAGUUCCAGCGGAUUACAAAUCAGAACCUGCCCAACACGUGCUAUGCUGAGCUUGACCACCAUCUUCCUCUAAUGAUGACCUUAUUCAGACAGAAGGCACCAAUAACUGGGAAGACAGCAGAUGCUCUGGCUGAAAUUUAAAAAAUCCACGAUGAACAGGAACCAAAAAUGGCAACGCCUAAAGAAGUCGUCUUAAGAACUUUACAAGACUUGGGAGCUGAGGAUUUUGAAACAUUCCACUGGUACCUACAGCUGAAUGGCGGCCUUGAAGAUUUCCCAGCAAUCCCAAAGAGCAAACUGGAGAAUGUAAACAGGGUGAAGACAGUGGACCUGAUGUUCUCAACCCACAGUGUGAACACCAUUAAUGUGACCAGAAUAGUUUUAGUGAAGAUGAAUCAGAAUGAGUUAGGGAAGAAUUUAUCAAAUUUAUCAAACACCAUCUCAGAACCUACAAAUAUUCUUGCUUCAUGCCAGCAAAAAGUCAAAUCCAACUCACAAAAGAAGUUCCAGUGUGUGUUUGAGGGGAUUGCUAAAGCUGGAAACCCAUCCCUUCUGAAUCAGAUGUUCACAGAGAUCUACAUCACAGACGGUGGGGCUAAAGAGGUCAAUGAUGAACAUGAGGUCAGACAGAUUGAAACAGCAUCCUGGAGACCAGACAGACCAGAAACAACAAUCAGAUAUGAAGACAUCUUUAAAACUCCACCUGGAAGAGAUGAACCGAUCAGAACAGUGAUGACUAAGGGAGUCGCUGGCAUCGGGAAAACAGUCUUAACACAGAAGUUCACUCUGGACUGGGCUGAAGACAAAGCCAACCAGGACAUCCAGUUCACAUUUACAUUCGCUUUCAGAGAGCUGAAUGUGCUGAAAGAGAAAAAGUACAGCUUGGUGGAACUUGUUCAUUACUUCUUCAGUGAAACCAAAGAAGCAGGAAUCUACAGCUUUGAAGAGUUCCCGGUUGUGUUCAUCUUUGACGGUCUGGAUGAGUGUCGACUUCCUCUGGACUUCCUCAACACUAAAAUCCUGACUGAUGUUACAGAGUCCACCUCAGUGGGUGUGCUGUUGACAAACCUCAUCAGGGGGAAACUGCUUCCCUCUGCUCGCCUCUGGAUAACCACACGACCUGCAGCAGCCAAUCAGAUUCCUCCUGAGUGUGUUGACAUGGUGACAGAGGUCAGAGGGUUCACUGACCCUCAGAAGGAGGAGUACUUCAGGAAGAGAUUCAGAGAUGAGGAGCAGGCCAACAGAAUCAUCUCCCACAUCAAGACAUCACAAAGCCUCCACAUCAUGUGCCACCUCCCAAUCUUCUGCUGGAUCACUGCUACAGUUCUGGAGGACAUGUUGAAGAGCAGAGAGGGAGGAGAGCUGCCCAAGACCCUGACUGAGAUGUACAUCCACUUCCUGGUGGUUCAGUCCAAACGGAAGAAUGUCAAGUAUGAUGGAAAAUUUGAGACUGAUCCACACUGGAGUGAAGAGAACAGGAAGAUAAUCGAGUCCCUGGGAAAACUGGCCUUUGAGCAGCUUCAGAAAGGCAACCUUAUCUUCUAUGAAUCAGACCUGACAGAGUGUGGCAUCAACAUCACAGCAGCCUCAGUGUACUCAGGAGUGUUCACGCAGAUCUUUAAAGAGGAGAGAGGACUGUACCAGGACAAGGUGUUCUGCUUCGUCCAUCUGAGUGUUCAGGAGUUUCUGGCUGCUGUUCAUGUCCACCUGACAUUCACCAACUCUGGAGUCAACCUGCUAUUGGAGAAUUGGAAAACAACCUGGUUGUCUAAAGUCUUCAGAGACAAAUCGGAACAAACAACAUCAGCACAGUUCUACCAAAGUGCUGUGGACAAGGCCUUACAGAGUCCAAAUGGACACCUGGACUUGUUCCUCCGCCUUCUCCUGGGUCUUUCACUGGAGACCAAUCAGACUCUCCUACGAGGUCUGCUGACACAGACAGGAAGUACGUUUGAGGCAAACAAGAAAACAGUUGAGCACAUAAAGAAGAAGAUUAAUCAGAAUCUGUCUGCAGAGAGAAGCAUCAAUCUGUUCCACUGUCUGAAUGAACUGAAUGAUCAUUCUCUAGUGGAGGAGAUCCAACAGUCCCUGACAUCAGGAAGUCUCUCCACAGGUAAACUGUCUCCUGCUCAGUGGUCAGCUCUGGUCUUCAUCAUACUGUCUUCAGAGAAAGAUCUGGACAUGUUUGACCUGAAGAAAUAUUGUGCUUCAGAGAAGGCUCUUCUGAUACUGCUGCCAGUGGUCAAAGCCUCCAACAAAGCUCUGUUAAGUGGCUGUGAACUCUCUGAGACAAGUUGUGAAGCCCUGUCGUCAGUUCUCAGCUCCCAGUCCUCCAGUCUGAGAGAGCUGGACCUGAGUAACAACGGCCUGAAGGAUUCAGGAGCGAAGCUGGUGUCUCCUGGACUGAAGAGUCUAAACUGCAGACUGGAAACUCUCAGACUGAGUGGCUGCAACCUGUCAGAGAGAAGCUGUGAAGAUCUAUCCUCAGUUCUCAGCUCCAGGUCCUCCAGUCUGAGAGAGAUGGACCUGAGUAACAACGACCUGAAGGAUUCAGGAGUGGAGCUGGUGUCUGCUGGACUGAGCAGUUCACACUGCAGACUGGAAACUCUCAGUCUGUCAGGCUGUAUGAUCUCAGAGAAAGGCUGGAUUACUCUGGCCUCAGCUUUGAGCUCCAACCCCUCCCAUCUGAAGGAGCUGGACCUGAGCUAUAAUCACCCAGGAGACUCAGGAGUGAAGCUGCUGUCAGCAGGACUUAAGGACCCUAACUGGAGACUGGAAACUCUCAGGAUGGACCAUGGUGGACCGCAGAGGUUGAAACCUGGUCUGAGGAAGUAUGGCUGUCAACUGGAACUGGACACAAACACAGUGAGCAGAAAACUCAAACUGUCUGACAACAACAGGAAGGUGAAAUAUGUGGAGGAGGAUCAGCCAUAUCCUGAUCAUCCAGAGAGGUUUGACUCCUGGCCUCAGCUGCUGUGUAGAGAUGGUCUGACUGGUCGCUGUUACUGGGAGGUUGAGAGGAGAGGAGAUGUUUAUAUAUCAGUGAGUUACAGAGGAAUCAGGAGGAGAGGAGACAGAGAUGACUGUUUGUUUGGAUAUAAUGAUCAGUCAUGGAGUCUGAACAGCUCUGAUGAUGGUUACUAUGUCUGUCACAAUAACAGAGUAACAUCCACCUCCUCCUCCUCUGUCUCUAACAGAGUAGCAGUGUAUGUGGACUGUCCUGCUGGCUAUCUGUCCUUCUACACAGUCUCCUCUGACUCACUGAUCCACCUCCACACCUUCAACACCACAUUCAAUCAGCCUCUCUAUCCUGGAUUCAGGUUCUGGUCUCCUGGUUCCUCAGUGUCUCUGAGUCCUCUGCAGGACUAAGAGUGUCUCCUGUGGACAGAAACACAGACUGAACAUCAGCUGCUGAAAUCAGAGUUCAGUCUGUUCACCAUCACACACACUCUGCACUGAGAAGCACAUCUCAGACUCAAACACAAAAACAUUAAUUUCUCUGACUAUUUCUUUGCCGUUUAAAUGUUCAUUUAUACUUCUGUGUAAACUCCUGUGUAUUUAUACUUCUUCAGGGAUGAGACAGUGAGAAACAACAUUAUGAGUUAUGGUUUUAUGUUUUGUUAUAGUGAAUAUAAGACAGUUACUGUGGGGAAUCUGAUUAAUCAACUUCUAAACUGAAAGGUUUCUACAUACUGUAAAUGAAUCACAAACUGGUCAUGUUAUUCAUAACAUAAGACUAAAUAAGAGUUUACUGAACUUAAUGAGCAAAUCAUGGUUUUUCUUGAUAACACUGUUUUUGUGAUCGUAUAAAUAAUUAAACAUACUUAAGGUAGGGUGACCGAUGGUUUCGGUGACCUGUCCCCGGGUGGAGCUGUCCCUGGAGCUGUCCCAGGUUUUCACUGUGACUGACAGACCCCAAAUUGUAAUGACAGAAAGAAAACAUUGACCAGACGUAUAGACACACACCCUACACACGCACGCUCCAGACAGCCAGAGCAAGCGCUGCUCAGAGCUCAACUUCAGUAAAGUUAGAAAGAUAUUCACAGAUUCUAACUUCUGGGAUCAAUAACUCUACAGCGAAAUGUUAUUAAAUCACAAACAACGCAUCUUUCCUACCUAAGUAAGGUAAACAACGAGCUACAAACUCAUUUUCAUCAAAAUGAGCCGUCCUCCAACCUGGAGAAAUAACACCGGCGGUGAGAGGGCGGUAGGACGAGUGCUUAGGGACCAUUGUCCAUCCAUCUUCGUCCGCUUAUCCGGUGUCGGGUCGCGGGGGG